AUGUCAUCUGAGCCGACAAAUACUUCUGAGAAAUAUCAGAAGAUUUCUCAACUGGAACAUAUCUUGAAAAGACCAGAUACUUAUGUCGGUUCUGUUGAGACUCAAGAUCAGCUGCAGUGGAUAUAUGAUGAGGAGACCGACUGUAUGAUUGAAAAAAAAGUCAUAAUUGUCCCUGGUUUGUUUAAGAUCUUUGAUGAAAUUCUAGUCAAUGCGGCGGACAAUAAAGUUCGUGAUCCAUCGAUGAAACGAAUAGAUGUAAACAUCCUUCCUGAGGAGAACACCAUAGAAGUUAAAAAUGACGGUAAAGGAAUUCCUGUGGAGAUACAUAAUAAGGAGAAUAUCUAUAUUCCUGAGAUGAUUUUUGGUCAUCUGUUGACCUCAUCAAAUUAUGAUGAUGAUGAGAAAAAAGUCACUGGUGGUAGAAAUGGAUAUGGUGCUAAGCUUUGUAACAUAUUUUCUACCGAGUUUAUUUUAGAAACUGCAGAUUUGAAUGUUGGUAAGAAGUAUAUUCAGAAAUGGGAAAACAAUAUGAGUAUUUGCCACCCUCCAAAAAUAACAUCCUACAAGAAGGGUCCGUCAUAUACGAAGGUUACAUUCAAACCAGAUUUAAGUAGAUUUGGGAUGAAAAGUUUAGACAGCGAUAUCUUAGGGGUGAUGCGUAGAAGGGUUUAUGAUAUCAAUGGUUCUGUUCGUGACAUCAAUGCUUAUUUGAAUGGCAAAUCUUUAAAGAUAAGAAAUUUCAGGAAUUAUGUUGGGCUCUACUUGAAAUCGCUUGAAAAAAAAAGGCAACUUGAUAAUGGUCAGGACGUUGCCGCUCAACCACAUAUUCCAACUAUUCUGUACGAAAGGCUAAAUGACAGGUGGGAGGUUGCUUUUGCUGUCUCUGAUAUUUCUUUUCAACAAAUUUCGUUCGUGAAUUCUAUUGCUACUACUAUGGGUGGUACUCAUGUUAAUUAUGUAACAGACCAAAUUGUCAAAAAAAUCUCAGAAAUCUUAAAGAAGAAGAAAAAAAGAAGUGUCAAACCCUUUCAGAUAAAAAAUAAUAUGUUCAUUUUCAUAAAUUGUUUAGUCGAAAAUCCAGCAUUUACUUCACAAACUAAAGAACAGUUGACAACAAGAGUCAAGGAUUUUGGUUCCCGCUGUGAAAUUCCCAUCGAAUACAUCAAUAAAAUUAUGAAGACUGAGUUGGCCACGAGAAUGUUUGAGAUCGCUGACGCAAAUGAGGACAAUGCCUUGAAGAAGUCUGAUGGUACAAGGAAAAGUAGAAUCACUGAUUAUCCCAAACUGGAAGAUGCCAAUAAGGCUGGUUCUAAAGAUGGUUACAAGUGUACUUUGGUGCUAACAGAAGGGGAUUCUGCGCUGUCACUAGCCGUGGCAGGGUUAUCCGUCGUGGGUAGGGAUUAUUAUGGUUGUUAUCCACUGCGUGGUAAAAUGUUGAAUGUUAGAGAAGCUAGUGCCGAUCAGAUUUCAAAGAACGCAGAAAUUCAAGCCAUCAAAAAAAUUAUGGGUUUACAACAUCGCAAGAAGUAUGAAGAUACAAAAUCCUUGAGGUAUGGUCAUCUUAUGAUCAUGACAGAUCAAGAUCAUGAUGGUUCGCAUAUUAAAGGUUUGAUUAUAAAUUUUUUAGAAAGUUCGUUCCCUGGUCUCCUAGAUAUUGAAGGAUUCUUACUUGAUUUCAUUACUCCGAUUAUCAAAGUUUCCAUCACUAAACCAACCAAAAAAACUAUUUCAUUUUACAAUAUGCCGGAUUAUGAAAAAUGGAGAAAUGAGGAAUCUCACAAAUUUACUUGGAAACAAAAGUAUUACAAGGGAUUAGGUACAUCUUUAGCACGGGAAGUGCGCGAGUAUUUUUCAGACUUAGAUAGGCAUUUGAAGAUAUUUCAUUCUUUGCAAGGUAACGAUAAAGAUUAUAUUGAUUUGGCUUUUUCCAAGAAGAAGGCUGAUGAUCGUAAAGAGUGGUUGAGACAGUAUGAGCCUGGUACGGUCUUAGACCCUACCUUGAAAGAGAUUCCGAUUGGUGAUUUCAUUAAUAAGGAGUUGAUUCUUUUCUCCCUAGCCGAUAACAUACGUUCGAUUCCUAAUGUUUUGGAUGGGCUUAAACCAGGUCAAAGAAAAGUUCUUUAUGGUUGUUUCAAAAAAAAUCUCAAGGAAGAGAUUAAAGUUGGUAUAUUGGCAUCAUAUGUGGGAGGAUGUACUGCUUACCACCAUGCUGAAGAAUCAUUGGCACAAACUAUCAUUGGCUUGGCCCAAAAUUUUGUCGGAUCUAACAACAUUAACUUGUUGCUACCUAACGGUGCGUUCGGUACAAGAGCUACUGGUGGUAAGGAUGCCGCUGCUGCGAGAUAUAUCUAUACCAAUUUGAAUAAGUUAACUCGUAAAAUUUUUCACCCUUCUGAUGAUCAAUUAUACACGUAUGCACAGGAGGAUGAGACGACCGUAGAGCCAGAGUGGUAUUUGCCUAUUCUACCUAUGGUUCUUGUUAAUGGUGCAGAAGGUAUUGGUACUGGUUGGAGUACCUAUAUUCCCCCUUUCAAUCCGUUGGAGAUUGUAAAAAAUAUUAGACAUUUAAUGAACGAUGAAGAACAAGAGCAAAUGCGUCCAUGGUUCAAAGGUUGGACCGGUACGGUUGAAGAAAUCGAACGCUUGCGUUACAGGAUGUAUGGCAAAAUUGAACAGGUUGGAACGAACACAUUAGAAAUAACUGAGUUGCCAGCUAGGACGUGGACAUUGACUAUUAAGGAAUACUUACUUUUAGGUUUAAGCGGUAGCGACAAAAUUAAAGCUUGGAUUAAGGAUAUGGAAGAACAACAUGAUGACAACAUCAAAUUUAUAAUCACGUUAUCGCCUGAAGAAAUGGCCAAAACAAGAAAAAUUGGCUUUUAUGAAAGAUUUAAAUUAGUUUCUCCUAUCAGUUUAAUGAAUAUGGUCGCAUUUGAUCCUCAUGGCAAAAUUAAAAGGUACUAUUCAGCAAAUGAGAUUUUGAGCGAAUUUUUCUAUGUAAGAUUAGAGUACUAUCAAAAAAGGAAGGAUCAUAUGAGUGAGAGGCUACAAUGGGAGGUAGAGAAGUACUCAUUUCAAGUUAAAUUCAUCAAGAUGAUCAUCGACAAGGAGUUGGUAGUAACCAAUAAGCUGAAGAAAGCCAUUAUUCAGGAGCUCGAGGAUUUAGGUUUUCCAAGGAUUAAUAAGGAAGGAAAGCCAUAUUAUGGGGCUCCCAAAACUGAAAUGACUGAACAGGUUGACGACGUAAAUAGUGUUGCCUCAGAUGAAGAUAUUGAAGAGAAAUCCCAUGAAGAUGCCGAAAAUAGCACAAAUGGCCCUGAGGAAUUGUACGGUACAUACGAAUAUUUAUUGGGAAUGAAAAUAUGGUCAUUGACCAAGGAAAGGUAUGAAAAAUUGCUCAAGCAGAAACAAGAAAGGGAGAUUGAACUAGAAAACUUAUUGAAACUUUCCGCCAAAGAUAUAUGGAAUGCUGACUUGGAGGCUUUUGAAAGUGGAUAUGAGGAAUUUCUUCAACAAGAUAAAGAAGCCCGUGGUGGCAAUGUUCCAAAUAAAGGAAGCAAAAUCAAAGGUAAAAGAAAAAGGCAGCUAGCUGAUAGCGACUACAACCCAUCGAAAAAGAGUAAGAAAACUACUGCUAAAAAAAUCAAACUGGAAGAUAGUAAUUUUGCGAGAGUAUUAUUGAAGCAGGAACUAGUAACAAAAGGAAAGGGACCCACGAGGAUAAAGAAGGAAAAAUCCUUUCCUGCCUCAAAAGUCAAGACAGAGGGAGAGGAGGAAAGUGCUCCUUCUACAAGUUCGUCUUCAAUCUUUGACAUAAAAAAAGAAGAUGGAGAUGAAAGCGGGUUGAGCAAGAUUUCCAACAAGUUUAAGAGAAUAAGCACCAUUUUUGAUAAGAUGGAGUCCGCUUCCCCUACAUCCAAUGAAAGUACACCAGAAGAAAUCGCCACAGUUAUCACAACAAAGCCUGCUGCUGCCCAAAACGCCCCAGCCAGGAAACCAGCUAAGAAACCCCAAAAAAUCGUGGAGCUAUCUGGUGAAAGCGACCUAGAAGUUCUAGAUAUAUACACCAACGAGGAAGAUGGCGAUGAAGAAGACGAUGCCGUACCGCAACGUCCAAGAAGGCAGAGGUCAGCAAGAGCUGCAUCUGUCCCUAAAAAAUCUUACGCAGAAACUUUAGAAUUGUCCGAUAAUAGUUUCAUCGAAGAUGAUGACGAGCAAGAACAAGACUCGGACGCAUCCUUUAAUGAAGAAGACUGA